AUGGGAGAAUCGCCAAAGAAGUCUUUGGUCUUUGCUUAUUAUGUGACAGGCCAUGGGUUUGGUCAUGCCACUCGUGCUGCUGAGAUAGUCCGAAAUCUCAUUCAAGCUGGGCAUUGCGUCCAUGUAGUUGCUGGUGCCCCUGAAUAUGUUUUUACUACUGCAAUAGAGUCACCCAGACUGUUCAUCCGCAAGGUGCUAUUGGAUACUGGAGCUGUUCAAGCAGAUGCUUUGACUGUUGAUCGCUUUGCAUCUUUGGAAAAGUACAUAGAAACAGCUGUAGUACCGCGGGCUUCUAUUUUGACUACAGAAGUAGAGUGGCUGAAAUCUAUCAAAGCUGAUCUAGUGGUAUCAGAUGUUGUCCCUGUGGUUUGUCGUGCUGCUGCAGAUGCUGGAAUUCCUGCAGUUUGUGUCACUAAUUUCAGCUGGGAUUUUAUCUAUGCUGAGUAUGUCAUGGCUGCUGGUCACGACAACCGUUCAAUUGUUUGGCAGAUUGCUGAAGAUUAUUCUCACUGCGAAAUUCUAAUUCGCUUGCCAGGAUAUUGUCCAAUGCCUGCAUUCCGAGAUGCCGUUGAUGUGCCUCUUGUUGUCAGGACGCUUCACAAAUCUCGAGCAGAGGUCAGGAAAGAGCUUGGAAUAGAGGAUGGCAUGAAAGUUCUUGUCUACAAUUUUGGUGGGCAGCUAUCUGGAUGGAAUAUAAAAGAAGAAUACCUUCCCUCUGGAUGGAUUUGCCUGGUUUGUGGAGCUUCAGAAGAUCAAGAGCUUCCACAGAAUUUUGUGAAGCUCCCCAAAAAUAUUUAUACUCCAGAUGUUGUUGCUGCUGCAGACUGCAUGCUUGGUAAAAUUGGAUAUGGCACUGUAAGCGAAGCUUUAGCAUAUGGAAUUCCAUUCAUUUUUGUAAGAAGAGACUAUUUUAACGAAGAACCCUUUUUGAGGCAUAUGCUUGAGCAAUUUGAAUGUGGUGUCGAGAUGAUUAGGAGGGAUUUACUAACAGGACAUUGGGAACCUUACCUAAAACGUGCUGUUACUUUGAAACCCUGCUAUGAAGGAGGCAUCAAUGGUGCUGAGGUUGCUGCUGGGAUUCUCCAGGAUACAGCUAUUGGAAAAAGUCAUGCUUCCAGUAAGCUUAGCGGGUCUAGGAGAUUGCAAGAUGCAAUCAUUCUUGGGUACCAGCUUCAGGGGGUCCCGGGAAAAGAUAUAGCCGUACCAGAGUGGUACAGUGUUGCGCAAAAUGAACUCAGUGCCUAUACUGCACCAGCAGAUGACAGAACAACUGAGGCCAGCUCAUUGAAGACACCAAGUGAAGUUUUUGAAAUUCUUCAUGGAGAUCACCAUGGUCUUUCCGAUACAAUAGGCUUCCUAAAGAGCUUGCAAGAAUUACAUGACUUAGGUGACCCUGGAAAUAAUAAUACACACCAUGCACGUGAGACUCUAGCUGCCGCUACACUGUUUAACUGGGAGGAGGAGAUUUUUGUGGCUAGAGCUCCUGGAAGAUUAGAUGUAAUGGGAGGAAUUGCAGACUAUUCAGGAAGUCUAGUCUUACAGAUGCCUAUUAGGGAAGCAUGCCAUGUUGCAAUUCAGAGGAAUCUUCCAAGUAAGCAAAAAUUGUGGAAACAUGCUCAGGCUAGACAACAAACGGAAGUCCCAAAGCCCGUUCUUCAAAUAGUAUCAUUUGGAUCAGAAAUGGGCAACCGUGGACCCACAUUUGACAUGGACCUCUCUGAUCUAAUGGACGGUGACAGGCCAAUAUCAUAUGAAAAAGCGCAGCAAUAUUUUUCUCGCGACCCAUCACAGAAGUGGGCGGCAUAUGUUGCCGGGACAAUUCUGGUACUGAUGACUGAAUUGGGCAUACGUUUUGAGGAUAGUAUCAGCAUGCUGGUAAGCUCUCGGGUCCCAGAAGGCAAAGGUGUAUCCUCUUCGGCUUCUGUAGAAGUUGCUAGUAUGUCUGCUGUUGCUGCUGCUUAUGGGUUGAAUAUUUCCCCAAGGGAUCUUGCAUUGCUUUGUCAAAAGGUUGAGAAUUAUGUGGUUGGUGCUCCAUGUGGCGUAAUGGAUCAGAUGGCGUCCGCCUGUGGUGAAGUGAAUAAACUCCUUGCCAUGAUCUGUCAGCCAGCUGAGGUACUGGGUUUGGUAGAAAUUCCACCUCAUAUUCGGUUUUGGGGAAUUGAUUCAGGCAUUCGUCACAGCGUUGGUGGCGCAGAUUAUGGAUCUGUUAGAAUAGGUGCUUUCAUGGGUCGGAAAAUCAUUAAGUCUACAGCCGCAACAAAGUUGUCCCCAUCAUCUUCUGACAACUCUUCUGAACAAUUGAAUGGAAACAUCACAGAUGAGAAAGAUUCGCAGAAUUUGCUUGAAAAUGAGGCUUCACUUGAUUACUUAUGUAAACUGCCGCCUCAUAGGUACGAGGCCUCUUACAGUGUCAAGCUUCCAGAGUUUCUUCAAGGACAGGAAUUUGUCGAUAAAUAUGUUAAUCACGAAGAUUCUGUAACCGUUAUUGACAAGAAGCACACAUAUGCAGUGAGAGCACCUACAAGGCAUCCUGUAUAUGAAAAUUUCCGUGUCAAGGCCUUCAAAGGACUAUUAUCUGCUGUUCCCUCCGAUGAUCAGCUGUCUUCUCUUGGAGAAAUUAUGUAUCAGUGUCAUUACAGCUAUAACCAUUGUGGAAUCGGAUCAGAUGGAACAGAUAGAUUGGUGGAAUUAGUGCAAGAACUUCAACAUAGUAAUGCAUCACAAUCAGAAAGCGGUACUUUGUUCGGGGCGAAAAUUACUGGUGGUGGUUCUGGUGGGACGGUCUGUGUCAUUGGGAGGAAUCUUCUGAGAAGCAGUGAACAGAUUCUUGAGAUUCAAAGAAGAUACAAAGCUGCCACUGGGUUUAUGCCUUUCAUAUUUGAAGGUUCAUCGCCAGGGGCAGGGAAGUUCGGUUACUUGAAGAUUCGUCUCAGGUCGAAUAACUGA